AUGCGGUUCAAUGCUCGACGCCGUGGCGGUUCUAUGCCGGGUCGUCAGGUUUCGAAUGGCUCGGCCGUUGUUUCUUCGCAUAGUGAAAGCUUUCUUCGCAUAGUGAAAGCUAUGCGAGAACACGAUAGCUAUUUUGUGCAGAAAAGAAAUGCUGCUGGAAAACUUGGGUUAUCAUCUCUUCAGAAGGCUACUGCAGUGUUUCGAAUGUUGACUUACGGUGUAGCUGCGGAUGCUACAGAUGAGUACGUUCGGAUUGGAAAAAGUACCGCUUUAGAUAGUAUGAAAGCAUUUGUUAGACCUGUUAUUGAAGUUUUCGGAGAUGAGUAUCUUAGAUCUCCAAAUGAUGCCGAUACUGCUAGAUUGCUUGCAAUUGGAGAGAGCAGAGGGUUCCCUGGAAUGCUAGGGAGCAUCGACGGCAUGCAUUGGGGGUGGAAAAAUUGCCCUUCCUCAUGGCAAGGUAUGUAUACUGGCCAUGUGCGCGAGCCCACAAUCAUUCUGGAAGCUGCUAGCCGGCAAGCUCCACAAGUUAAUUAUACAGUAAAUGGUAACAAUUAUACAAUGGGGUACUACCUUGCCGAUGGCAUAUACCCGCAGUGGGCAACAUUGGUUAAGACAAUACCCUCUCCACUAGGGCAGAAGAAUAAAUAUUUUGCAAAAUGUCAAGAAGCACAUAGGAAGGAUGUGGAACGAGCAUUUGGAGUUCUUCAAGCUCGUUUUGCAAUUGUUUGUGGACCAGCAAGACUGUGGGAUGAAGAAGUACUCCAUGAUAUCAUCACAUCUUGUGUUAUCAUGCAUAACAUGAUAGUUGAAGACGAGCGAGACGAAGGUCCACAAGACUACAAUUACGACAACAUGGGAGAAAAGGUCAUUCCCUCUCAUGCACAGACGGCUGAAUUCUCGAACUUCAUUCAGAAUCAUCUUGACAUCCGCAACGCACAAGUCCACUUUCAACUGAAAGAUGACCUGGUUGAGCACCUAUGGCAAAUUUAUGGGGCAAUGUAG